AGAGAGAGAGAGAGAGCAGUGCCUCCCUCUGAUGAAAGACUCAGAUGCCUAAGAACCUCUUUGCUUUUAGCUGCCUUUUUUUUCCCAACUUAUUUAUCGCAGGCUCUGUUAGUUAGAAAACGCACAAAUUCGGUCUCAUGCCAAGCUAAAAGAAGCCAAAAACACUACAACCUUAUAGUUGGAAUGAUUUUUAUUUAAGACACGAAAAUAGAACUUUACUUCACCAGAUAUAAGUCUGAACCGGACUUAGGAGUCUCAACUAAGAUGAUGUAAAUAUAUCCCUAGUUUCUUGUUCUUUUUUGCGUAAAUAAAUGGAGAACUUCACCUUAACUAACCACACGCUGGGCCCCUGGACGGACCACAGUUUAGAAUACAAGGUAAUCAGCGCUCUUCUGGUGUUCACCAUUUGUGUAAUUGGGAUAGUUGGGAAUGUAAUGGUCAUCUUAGUGGUGCUCACUACGAAGCACAUGCGCACACCGACCAACUGCUACCUGGUGAGUUUGGCCGUGGCGGACCUGACCGUACUGACGGCUGCCGGGUUGCCGAGUGUCGCGGACAGCGUGUACGGCUCGUGGAUGUUCGGCCACGCCGGCUGCCUCGGCAUCACUUAUUUCCAGUACCUGGGUAUCAAUGCGUCGUCGUGCUCCAUCACCGCAUUCACGGUGGAGAGGUACAUCGCCAUCUGCCACCCGAUCAAGGCGCAGUCGCUGUGCACGUACGCGCGUGCCAAAAGGAUCAUCCUGGCUGUGUGGCUUUUCACGUCGCUCUACUGCGUCAUGUGGUUUUACCUGAGCGACACGCAAGAGCUCGUAUACGGCGACGUGACCGUCGUGACCUGCGCUUACAGAGUGUCCCGGGAACUUUACUUACCCAUAUACUUUUUCGACUUCGGCGUGUUUUUCGUGCUGCCUCUCGCGCUCGCGACCGUCCUGUACGGACUCAUCGCGAGAAUUCUGUUCCUGAACGCGUUACCGAAACAGAAGGUCAAGAACGGACAGUAUGGUUCAGGUAUCAAACACUCAGUUCAGUGCUCGAGCACCACGGCCGCCUCGCGCAGACAGGUGAUAAAGAUGUUGGCAGUGGUGGUGGUUCUGUUCGCCGUGCUCUGGAUGCCAUACCGCACCCUGGUGGUGGUCAACUCUUUCGUCCAGCAGGCUUACCUGGACACCUGGUUCCUGCUGUUCUGUCGUACCUGUGUAUACCUGAACAGUGCCAUCAAUCCUGUUAUCUACAACGCCAUGUCACAGAAGUUCCGUGCUGCCUUUAAGAGGCUUUGCAGAUGCAGUUCGAAGGCGCAGUCCAAGCAAACAGCCUACAGUGUGGCCCUGACAUACAGUACUGCUAAAGAAACAUCCAUGAUCGAGAGCACAGAGCAUUUUUCAACAGAGCUGGAUGACCUCACAGAAGAGCCAAAUGAUCUGAGAGAAUAACUGGAACCUAAGUACAAGCUUAUUGACUUAAAUAGCUGGCUGAGUGAUUUUUAAUCAGGGAAAAUUUCCAAAUAACAGCAUCAAAUACUUAAAUAUAAAAUAAAUAUAACGCACUCAGAAUCCACCUGUAUACCUCAUUUAUGCAAUUAUUCAAUAGGCCAGUCAAAUGGAUGGGGUCCUCUGCAGUUCUGUCCAUCCAUCUCAAGGUUAAUUGUGUUGUGCAUUCUGAGAUGCUUUUCAGCUCAUCACACUGGUGGUUAUUUGAGUUACCGUAGCAUUCCUGUGAGUUCAAAUAAGUCUGGUUAUUGUCCUCUGAACUCAUCAACAAGGCGCUUUCACUCACAGAACUGCUGCUUAAUUGAUGUUUUUUUCUGUGUAAACUCUAUAGAAAAUCUUGGGAGAUCAGCAGUUUCUGAAAUAGAAGAAGCCUUUAUUAUAGCCACACAGCACCACAGUGAAGGAAGUUGGGAUCGGAGCUCAUGGGGCAGCUACGAUGCAGCGCCCCUGGAGCAGAGAGAGUUAAGGGCCUUGCUCAAUUGCCCAACAGUUGCAGCUUGGCAGCAGUGGGGCUUGAACCCCAACCAUCCAAUCAACAACCCAAAACCUUAACUACUUGAGCUACUACUACCCUGAAAAUGUGGAGCAGACGGAGCUAGCUCCUUUUCCAGCUCACAGCUCCAUUUAAUAUAGAAUCCUCCUAUAGAGGACAUAUCAGAUAUUAAACUGAUACCAACAGAUACUACACUCAAACUGGCACAUCUGGUACAGGUCAAAAUGAAAGAAAUCUCCUGAUUCCAAUGUAAAAAUGAACUGAAGCUCUUGAAUUAUAUCUGCAUGAUUGUAUGUAUUGCACUGAACCACAUGACUGGCUGAUAAUUGGCGGAUAAUUGCAUGAAUGUGUGGGUGUACAGAUGUUUCUAACAAAGUGCACUGCAAGCGAAUUUUCAGAUUACUUUAUAUGUACAAUACAUAUCAAUACAUGUUUACUUAAUUCCUUAACCACAUCACAACUGUGAAGAAUCUGAAUAAGACUACAUUUUAUUUUGUAUGUAGAGAAACAGGACACAUUUAUGGUUAGCGCUUGAGAGAAAGAGUUUGCCCCAGAAACAGCAGAAGUGAUUUACUAAAAGCUGCUUAAGGUGAAUUAAAAGAUUUCCUAAAACUGCUGAAAUGCUUGGUGUUGUGUACAGGGUGUAAAAUGACAUCAGGAUGUUUUCAUCUCCUUUUCUGAACUCCUACUCUCAGAAAAAAUAGUAUUAAACUGUAUUCAGUCUCUACCCCUGCAUUUUUCACAUGGAAUGGAUGUUGAAAGAAAAAGAAAGAAAAACUGUAUAUUGUGUAAAAGGUACAUAAUUAGAUGCAUAUGGUACAUAAAUAGUUUUUAGAGCAAAUAUUUCAGGAUUUACACUACAUACACAUUUUACAGGUAACAAACACAUACUAAAUGUAAGGUGUACAAGACAGUGGUGAGACCGGCCAUGCUGUAUGGUUUAGAGACAGUGUCACUGAGGAAGAGACAGGAGUCAGAGCUGGAGGUAGCAGAGCUGAAGAUGUUGAAGUUCUCGUUGGGAGUGACAAGGUUGGACAGGAUUAGGAACGAGUACAUCAGAGGGACAGCUCAUGUUGGACCUUUAGGGGCAAAGUUAGGGAGGCCAGAUUAAGAUGGUUUGGACAUGUUCAGAGGAGGGAGAGUGAGUAUAUUGGUAGGAGAAUGUUGGACAUGGAGCUGCCAGGCAGGAGGCAAAGAGGAAGACCAAAGAGGAGGUAUAUAGAUGCAAUAAAUGAGGAUAUGAAGCUAGUGGGUGUAAGUGUUGAGGAUGCAGAAGAUAGGGAUAGGUGGAGAGAGAUGAUUCGCUGUGGAGACGCCUGAAGGGAAAAGCCGAAAGAAGAAGAAGACACACACUAAGUGUAAAUGAAUGUGUACCACCCCAGUGAUGAGGAAAAGCACAGUUUAGUACCUUUUUUCUGAGAGUAGACAAGUAACACAAGGCUGCUAUCUGUAUCCGUAUCUGUUUACUGUUCCUGAUAUUUAUAUCUGUAUCUGUAUUCUGAUUAAACACAAAGUAGGUGUUGCCUAAAGCCAUAGGGUUGGUUAUUUAUUUAUUUAUUUAUUUAUUUAUCUUUAUGAAAUAUAUGAAAUUUAUAUUUAUGCCUUGAGAAAGACUAAAAACUAGGAAAAAAAAUCUCUCUGGAAAUUUCUGAAAACCUGGAGAAUUUCUUUUUACCUCAUCUUUGGAGUUUGAGUAAUUUACCUCAGCUAAAGAUGUGCACUGGACAGUUUUUAAUCCCAGUUGUGCAGAUGUUUUUUUUUUUUUUUGGUGACAGAUCAUAAUGCCUUUCAACAAAUUUACUUGCUUUUUUCAUGUUUAUGCUAGGGUUCUUUAUUUGAGCCUCAUAUCUGACAACUUGCUUAAGGCUGUUUUAAAAAAUUAAAAACAACUUGCUGUCCUGAUGCACAACUCUAAUCUCAAUCAGAUUAUUAAUUAUAGUAUUGAUCAGAUCCCAUGUGAACUCUUUUAACAAGCUCUCCAAAAGGAAAAAAAAGAAAAGAAUGAUGAGUGCAUUUCCUGUUUGUGUCUGUAUUUGUAUUUAUUUAGAACACCUUAACUGUUCAAUUGGAAUUAUGUAUCCAGUUACAUCUCUAUCUAACUGUAUGAACAUUUCCAAUAAAUAGUAUUUCUGUUGUUUGUUUUUAUGUACAUACCUAUUCAGUGCAAUCAUGCUUUAUUCUUAAUGACAGUAAUGGAGUUACUGUUAACAGUGGUGCUGAUUUGUUUUGUUUGAAAUUGUGUGUAUGUUUGUAUGAAGUUUAAAGUACAGUAUUUGCUGCUACUCAUCAACAUGCCCUGAUAAAUAAUAGAGACAUCAUAAGUUAUGUGAAGCACUGGUUAAGAGCUUCAGAAGACUGAACCGACAGACUCCUCUUCAGACGAUGAGGAAAAAAUGGAAAUGACACCCACACAUUAGUCACAGUUUAGAAACAUGGAACCACUGUGUAACAUAUGUACAAAAACAUACCUUUCCUUUGAACAACUAUGUGUGUAUUUAUAAAUGUUUUGUGUUUGUAACUGAUUUUUGCCUUUUGCUGUUCAUACUGGAAGAGAAAAAUGCUGGUGUCUAGUGCAUGUUGCUUAAUUGAGGUUUGUUGAUGUGUAAAAUGAUUUAGUCACUGAAUUAAUAUAAUUAAUGUUACCUUGAAAUAACGACUGUAGAUCUUGUGCUGGUGUUUCUGUACUUCUUUGUAGCAUGGUCGCACUACAAACAUUCUGAAAUACAUGAUGCUUUUAAAUGACAGGGAAUCAUUUGGGAAAAAGGUUAACAGGUUAAAUGUUUGUGUGAUGCAAAAUGGGGGAAACAAUAAGGAUUUAAUCUUAAGUAAUUUGUUUAUAUACAUGCACUGGCCAUUUUAUGCAGCCAAUCAUUGAGGAACACGUUAAAAGCUUCAGGUAAUGUUCACAUCGAACUUCAGAACAGGGAAACUAUAUGACCUCUGUGACUCUGACUGUGGCAUGGAUGUUAAACCUAGAUGGGCUGUUUUGGGUAUUUUGGAAUUUCAAGUCUGUAGACAUUACCCAGAAUGGUGUGAAAAAACAGCAAAAAAAGAAAUUAUUUCUGUGGACACAAACAUCAACUGGUCUAUUUCUAAUUCUAAAAUGUCCAGGUUUUUCUGCCCCUGUGCUUCAAGUGUGAACUGUAGCUUCAAAUUCUUGCUUUUGGCUGACAAGUCUGGAACCUGAUGUGGUCUUCUGCCUCAAGGUUUAGUGUGUUGUGCAUACAGAGAUGCAUUUUUACUCACCACAGUGGUAAAGAGUGAUUAUUUGAGUUACAGUAGCCUUGCUGUUUGCUUGAACCUGUUUGGUCAUUGCUCUUCUGACCUGUCAUAUCCACAAGGUAUUUGCAGUCAUUAGAUGUUUUUUGUUUAUCACACCAUUCAAGACAUCAGCGUUAACCAAAACACUCAAACCGUCUUAUCUGACACAAGCAGCCGCAGUCAAAGUGACUGAAAUUGAUAAGAUUUUUCCCUAAUCUGAUGUUCAUUUUAUGUUAACUUCAACAUAAAAUGAAGUCCCUGUACUAUAUCUGCUUGAGUGUAUAAACUGUGCUGCUUCCAGGUGACUGGCUAAAUGGAUAAUUGCAGCCAUGUUCCUAAUAAUGUGGCCAGUGAGUGUAAACUCAUCAAAUAGCACAUAACACAUCAGGCCAAAGCGCAGAGAUUCAGUUAUAUUAACAAGACAAAUUGACUUAUAUGAUGCCACUGAAGCUCAAUGUUCUUCAGAUACAGUAUUCUUAAUGACUUGGGUGAAAUCAGCUCACACUGUCAUUAUGACCUGCUCUGUGCUCGUAUUAUAUACUUUAAUUCUCUCCUCUAUUUUUCUGUUUAAAAAGGACUUUUCUAUUUAUUCUCAUCUCUUUCACAAAUAUUAAAGGUCACAGUGGGCUGGAAAUUCAAUUGUGCACCAGAAUAUUGGUCAUAAAAUCAUUUUAUACAUGAUUUAUAGGAAGUGUUUAGCAUCCCAGGGAAUAUGAUACCACUACACAGAAAUUAGAAUGAUGAUGAUUAAUGAUUUUGCAGUCAUGAUUAAAAAUAAAAUAUAAGAUAUAUUUAGUUUGAUAUUUAGUUUGAAUUCCAUGUCUAGACACUAAACAUUUAGAAAAAUGGCAGAUAGUGCAUCUAUAGUUAAAAUUAA